AUGGCAGUAUCCCCGCCAGAUAGCUACCACCCCCCACCUGACACUCCCUUGAACGAAGACAACGUACGCGACUCCAUGGAGGAUCUCGAUCCUCAAGCGACCCGGAAGCGUCCGCGCCUCGACAGUGGAAGUCGUGUGAGCCCGUCUUUGUCGCUCGACGGAAUGUCUCGUCCUGUAUCCGCGCCUGCCUCGGAAAUGGACGAGGAUCCAGCUCGCCCUGCGAGCAAAGUCACCAUUAACAUGAAAUCUCCUCCCUCUCCCGCCACCCUUGAGCUUCCUUCCGCCGAGUCUCAGCUCCCAGACAAUGCCCCAGAGCUCCAAGUCGACUCCGAUGCAGCAUCCGCCAACGUCAUAUCCAUCCACUCUUCAUCCUCCCAAGGCUCGCCUCACAUCGAAGUCGCCGACCCCGAAGAUAUGAAUCAAGAAUCGAAUCACUCCAACUGGAAGCCUCUCGCCGAGGUUUUGAACGAACAAGGCGACAUGGAAGUCGUCGAGGACGAAGACAUUGUACCUCUAACCGACUCUUUUCCCAAACUACACGAAGACAUGAGACCCCGAGACAACUUCAAGGCGAUUGCUGACAUGAUUGAACAUGGACACCCGCGCGAAGGUAUCGCACUUGCUGCAAUGAAACAAUGGCUAAAUACCUGCGUGAACAACCUGGACCGAGUCACACUGGAGGCCUUCAUGGAAGAACCGGAAUUCUGGGGAAAUUUCCCAUUCAUCAUGGAACGUCUUGUGUACAGGCAACGACCUCUGCAAUUGGACGAUGACGAGGACACUCUGGUCUUUCUCGAAGAGCUUCUGCUCGACUAUGCCCGCCUGGUCUUUCACUUCGUUCGCAUUGACACUGUAUCUCUCAGUCGGGUUCAAGACGAUGCAGACAUGGAAAGUGUUACGAUGGCUUCUCGACGUUAUCUCGCUUGCUUCCCUUACAUGCUACAGAGUUCCAACGUUCCGCUUUACCGUGCCAUGGAUGCUCAAUGUCGCAUUGGUAUGAAUAAAUUUCUUGCUUCAGUGAAAGACGACAUUGCAUUGCCUCCAUUCAAUGCAUCUCGCCAGUUGCUUGAUUAUGCUACCCUGGUUACUUCUCUGGUUCCGACGCAUUCAAAACUUCUCCAACAUCUCCCACAACUCACGAUGUGCGCCUGCGCCUUGCUUGGAGUGAAUCUAGAUCAGAAUUCGUCUCGUAUCCCUGACUAUUCAGUCGAAUCCGCUCCUGCGGCCCCCAGCUUGCAAGAAUUCUUCGAUAUGACGCGAGCUGUCGCUACACAACAUGAGAAGUAUGUCACCAAGAAAUCACCACUAGCUACAAGUGAUGUGAGUGAACACCUCGUCCGAUCUGUCUUCCGUGCCUACAAUUUCCUUUGCUCCGCCGAUGACAAAUUCGUGGUCCAACUUGCCAACCACUUGGGGAUUGAAUUGCCCGAAGAUCUUCCCGAAUCCCAACGGGUGAUGGCUGUUACUUGGGCAUGGAAAUUUGAUGCUAUGAAGAAACACCUCAUGGAAGGUCGCAUGGAGCUUCGGGUGCAUGGCGUGGACGCUCUGCAAACGGAUCUGGUCAACAUCUGGACUCACAACUCACCUCCCAACACUCCAGAGCCUGCCAUGGUGCUCAUGAGGUAUCUGGUGAAACUGCUCCGUGAACACAAGAUUCUCGAUUAUUUGGUGGGUGUUGAUUCUCACCCCCAGUUGCUCACCCGUACGAGCAACAUCUUUGGAUUCCUGAUCAUGACCCAUACCUACACCGAUCAGGACACGGAUAUGAUCUGGAGGACUAUCACUGAAAGUCAGGACGAUCGAACCGUCUCCGAGGUUGUUAAAAUGCUUGCACGAACAUUCCCCAUUCAUGCGUCCAGAUCUGCUCCAUUGCUAUAUGUGUGUUCCAAGUUGCUUGAGUUGCCCUUGGAGCGAUUUGACAACCGCAUAAUCGAGCUUUGCGAUCAACUCGUGCCUCGCAUGCGUGAACGAACUUUCAAGCGCGAGCCGGAACUGGCGCAUGUAGAUGCCAUUCCACUGAAACUUUGUGUUCGGCUCAUUCGAGAGAGCUCUGGUGCAACGCACCUACCUCCUGACCAGAGGGAACUCAUGCAGACAUUUGGCAGCGAGCAGCUCGGCCUAUUUAUGAAGGCCGGCCUGAAUGAAUCGGAUAAAGUGGAGACAUACGAACGCUGCAUCCAGGAUAUUGCCGAGAUGAAUUCAUCCAGUGCAGGCAGCAUUCAAGUUCUGAAUUCCUUGGUGCCCUUCGACGAUGCACCGGAAGUUUGGAAGCUCGCAAAUGAUUUCGACUUGACUAGACUGGUAAUUAUGGAACUUCACAACUUUGUGAACAAAGACCAGCGCGAACGCGAGGAUCUGUCUUUCGGGCACGGCUUCCCCUCAAGAGUGGAAAUUUUGAGACGCCUGAUCGAGAUGGCACCAGAGACGAUCACACCUGACCUUGGCAACACGCUUUGGAAUGAGGUUCUCAUGUCCAGGAAUCUGACGCUUGAGGAGCGUCAAGUGAUUUGGAAGAUGAUGGUUGAUGUCGCCAACCGCAGUGUUCAAGAAAACCCGUUUCUAGAGCGUUGCAUCCAUGAGUAUCUUCCCAGCUUGUUGCCCGUUGACUACUCGCAUGCGGUACUGUGCUUUGCUCAACAAGCACUCCACUAUCAAAUCCAGGUAACUCUGCCCCCUACCGCCGGUGAAGAUGAGGUGAUCUCCAUCCUUGGGAUGGAUCGGAUCUGGAACUUUAUCUUAACGGCACCACCGAACACGAUCGAAGGCGAGGCAAUCAAGUUCGCCAUCAAUGUCUAUCUGGAUCACCCCAUCGUCCGUAGGGCUCCCCGCUCGGCUAUCGAUGCAACCCAUAUCGCUUUAGUUGGUCGUUGCGUGGACCAACUGAAGUCUGCCGCCGCUGCACUGAGGCCCUCUGGCAAUGGAACCCCCAAUGGAAACGCUCCCAUGGAAAUGGAUGGUUUGAAUCAAGAUCUUGGAGGAGAAGAGCUCAUGUUCAGCCGUUCCCUUCUCUUUCUCCGUCAAUUACUCCACGGAUUGCGCGCCAGGCCGCAAUAUAACUCUCCCCGUGGCACUCCGCCUCGCAUUCCCGAGCGCUCAUUGAAAGGCGACCCCAUCAAUAUCCAAUACCAAUGCUUCUGUGGUAACUCUUCUUCCAAGAUCGCUACCAUGCAAAUCGGUGCUUUGUCGACGGCCGCGGAACUUGUUGAACGCCUUGUGCAGCUGAGUCGAUUUUCCAAGUUAACCACUAUCAUUGGUGGACAGAAGGUGGAUUUGCUUCAAGACCCCAAUGCCCUGGUGCAGAACCUGAAGCUUCCCUCCGGGUUGCUCAUUGUACGGAAAGCACCUAACGCUCAGGAGCUUCCUUGGGCUGGUCGAACCCAGUCUUUGACAUCUGUCGACAGUGAAGUGUUGAAACAUUUCGAUGAGUUCUAUGAUCUGCUCGAAUUGAAGGACGACCUGGCUCGACAGAUCAUCGAUUUCCUGCUCGUCUUUCCGCCUCAAGAGCAAGCUGUCAAUCUGGUCCGGUCUGUUGACAAUUCCGAAAAAGACAUGUUUCCCUUGCAAAAGCCUUUCAAGGCCCUAUAUUCCCUCAAUACCCUGUCAAUUUGUCUGCACGAAGAAGCCUUGGAGACAUCUCCGCGGUGUGAUUUCAUAUCUCACAGCAUCAAAGUUCUAGUUGCGUUCUUGACUGGAGACGAACUGCUUGAGUCUAUGAAUGGUAACCCGAUAGGCCCUUUGCUCGCUACAAGAGCGGUCGAGUGUCUUCUCUUCGCGUUUUCUGUUUACCGCUCGGCUGAUGCGGAUGCCGCUCUGGUUCCUGAACCAAAUCAUUUGGUCCAACGCCUAUGCAAGAUGAUUGAUAUCGGACUCCAAGACUCCCCUGAUUCGCUCAAGGCAAAUUGCCUUCAAAAGUUAAUUUGCAGCUGCUUUGCGGUUUUGCUUGAUGGCUCAGUGCGUGAUCAAAAUAUCUGGGAUGCUGUCAAAGAACAGGCAAAUUUCGAUGAUCUGAUCCUCUCAUUGCUCCUGAUUGACAGCCAAAAAACUAUCCGGGUUGAAGCCUUGGAACGCAUCAAGAUAAUCUGCGGCCCUUUGAAGCCAUCCAAGUUGCCAACAAACACAUCCGCUGAGGAAACUGGAAAUUCUACCGAGGACCCCCUUCGAAUUGACAUACUUGCUACUCUCUGGAACUCGCUAGUACAGGUCAUUCCCACAACCCCUCUAUACGCUACCCAGUCGGAGGAAUUCUUCAAUGCUACUCUGUGGAUGUUCCGCACUAUCGCCGAAAAAUCACCAUGCGAUUUAAUCUUCAAUGAUUAUCUCAAGCAGUGGAGCUCAUUCAUGUUAAGGCACCAGACGGAGGAAUUCAUUGGACGCGAGCCAGUUGAUAAUCUGAUUGUCGGAUUCUCUUCUCUGCUAGAAUGGUGCCUCAAGCUGGCCAAUGCUGCCAACGUCCACUUGGACACUUUGGACAUUGCCGAGCAGAUUUUGCAGAAAUAUCUUUUCCCAGAUCUCUCGCCAGAGUCAGCAGCCCAACAAGAUGCUCGAGCCCCAGUCAUGAACACCAACACCCGCCGAACUCUGUACUGUGUUGUCAGUUUGUUGUGCAAACAGAGCGACGAGACUUACUUCCGGGUUCUGGAACAUUUGAACACAACUGUUCCACGGGAUGUUACUUACUUUGACUGGUCUUUCGACAGAUUGGCGAUGAUUCGUUCCCAAGAGGGCUAUGCUGGUUUGAGAAACCUUUCGAACACUUGCUAUCUCAACUCCUUGAUGACACAGUUGUUCAUGAAUGUUGAGUUCCGGGACUUCAUAUUGAAGCUUCACAUUGCGGAUCCAGACUCUCAGAAACUGCUUUUCGAGACCCAGAAAUUGUUUACUUGGAUGCAAGAGACUUGGAGAAAGAGCAUCGAGCCGCAGGAUUUCGUCGACAGUAUCCGGACCUUCGAUAAUGAGCCCAUUGAUGUUACCAUUCAGAUGGACGUGGAUGAGUUUUACAACCUUCUCUUUGAUCGCUGGGAGUCUCAGGUUCUUGAUGCCGAAAGCAAAAAGAAGUUCCGUUCGUUCUACGGAGGUCAACUGGUUCAGCAGAUCAAAUCCAUGGAAUGCCCUCACAUUUCCGAAAGACUUGAGCCUUUCUCUGCAAUCCAGUGCGAGAUCAAAGGCAAGGCCAGCCUCGAAGAUAGCCUGCGCGCUUACGUGGCUGGCGAGGUCAUGCAAGGAGAUAACAGAUACUUUUGUACUUCAUGCGAUAAUCAUGUGAACGCUGUGAAGCGGGCAUGCUUGAAAGAUGUCCCCGACAAUCUGAUUUUCCACCUCAAGCGUUUUGAUUUCGACAUGGUGACCAUGCUGAGAAGCAAGAUCAACGAUGAAUUUGUGUUCCCACGUCAUAUCGACAUGACUCCAUACACCGUUGAGCAUCUGACUGAUCCCGAGCAGCCCGCCAAGCCCGAUUACUUUGAAUUGACUGGUGUCCUUGUUCACACGGGUACGGCCGAGUCGGGUCACUAUUACACUUACACCCUUGAGCGACCUUCGCCCGAUGGAGAACCUUCGUGGGUGGAGUUCAACGACUCGGAUGUCUCCAGAUUCGACCCAAGUUCAAUCGCGGACCACUGCUUUGGCGGCCCGAGUGAGCAAAUGCAGUACAAUGGCGAGCCCAAGAAUAAAGCCUGGAAUGCAUACAUGCUGUUCUAUCAGCGUGUCUCCACCAUGGAGGAAUCCAAGUCCGUGUACAAGCCUGCGAAGCCCAACAUCCCCGUGCAUGUUCCGGUUUCAGUUGCGAUCAGCAACCACAUUGCUAUGGACAACGAACUUCUCAUUCGGACCUACUGUCUUCUGGAUCCGCAAUACGCCUUUUUCGUGGAAAGUUUACUUCAACGCUGGUCUGGCAUGGCCGACGACAAUCCCGACAAGAGCUUCGCAGAGACAUUAGCUAUCAAUGUCGGCAUGGACACCUUCGAACAAAUGGUUUCAAGAACCAAGGACCUUCAGGGACACCAGGAAUUGUUCACCGUUCUCAUUUCCAUGAUUAACAAAAGCCCCAACGCUGCGCGUUCUAGCCUUGACUGGAUUUUCGACCGCAAAUCGCCAAUUCGCAACCUUAUGACCAAGAUGCACCAGCCAGAGGUUCGGCAUAAGGAAAUUUUGUUGAUCAUCUUUGCUGUCAAGCACCUUCACAUGCUGUCUAAGGACCCAAAUCUCGAAGAGAGUGAGCAAGCUUUCUGGCGCAACAGCUUCGAGGAAGUCAUCAUACGUCUUGUGCCCAUGCUUAUAGAGGUGUGGCCCAGUGUCCAAAGCAUCUCGCGGGUGUGGGAAGAUUACUUCGGUUUCUUCGUCAAGUUGUGCAAUUAUGGACCUUGGGUUGUUGAAUUGCUCGCUGAUAAACAGAUGUUCACCAUCUGCCUUCAAAUCCUCUGGCUCGACGAGGAUGACAAAAAAAGGAUGCGGGUCCACCUCCCAAACUACUGGCGCAUGCUUGAGAAAGGCCGUCGAUUUACCUACUUGAGUAUGCUGUCGCUGUUUCACACCUUCUUGAAACAUAUCGAUCUUUCUCUUGAGCCCGUCGGUCUUCAGGAUCCACGUUCAGUUUCAAAUGGCAAAUUCUCUCUUAGGCUCCAUGAGAUGGAACUCAUCAAACCGAUUGAGAGGGAUGGAUCACUUGCCAUAUUGAGGCAUAUUCUGAAGCACGAUGGCCUUGCCAGGAGCCAGACAGCACAUUUGAUCAUUGCUACAUUCUUGGGCGGAGAACCCGCGGCAGGCUUCCUUCCUUCGAUCCAGAAGACUAUUGAAAAUGGAUUAAGGAUCGAGCCUGCUGUCCAGUGCACACCGUUCCUUGACGCAGCCGUGAUUUUCUGUCAACACUGUCCCAUCAAGCAGCGAGUCAUUGAUAUGAUCACCUUUGUCGCCAACGGCGUGGACAGCAUUGACAGCAGCGGUGGUCAGGAGCACAUUGCCUUCUUCAUCAGCCUCUGUCAAACUUCUAACGAGCGACUCAAUCUAAACGCCAAUGCGUUGGCUGAGAUUGUCUUCACUAUGAUUCCAACAUGGGCUCCCACUUUGCUCAUUGACAGAAAUGAGAACGUUCGGCAGAGUAUGCAGAACAUCCUUGGUGUCUGGGUCUUUACCGACCGCAACGAGGAAGCUAGCUCUGAGGGAAAUGAAGAGGACGACGAAACCGACCAUGACCCCAUCCAAAAGCGACGACCUGUCAUUGGCAGGGAACUGGUGCGAGCUAGCAUCGAUCGACUUAAGACAGCAUUUGUGAAAGACCCACCCCGACGCGUCGAUGGCAGACAAAUCGAGAAUAUCGCUGCAGUGAUGCAGUAUUGCCUGGGCAAUUACUUUAGCGACAGCGAGGAGGACCAGCAAACUGUCACAGAGGCCAAAAAUCUCUUAUUGCUUCUGGAAACAUUGUCACUCGAAGAAUUCCCCGAGGACCAGGCUUCCGAAUCCGAGGCUCCCUCUCCCGAAGAAUGGGAAGCCAACUCGGCAAUGGCCAGUGAUUCCGAGAUCGGAGUUGCAGGAUCUCCAUAG